CACUCAUAUGGUCUGUCUCCUUGAGAAGUUUGUCCGGGUAUUUUAGAUUCUCAAGGUUAGCUUCCAACUCAGAAGACUUCCCAAGUAAUUGUGUCUCAUAAACGGUCUGAACAUAUCAAGGAUAUGAAUGACACACAAGGGCUUUUAGAGCAAGAAAAUAACCGCAGAGCUGAUGAGCUAUCGCACAAAGUGUCAUUGUUAAAGGCGUUUGCUAAAGACAUUGAAACAGAAACAAAGUCUCAAAACAAAUUUCUUGAUGAAAUUCAGGGCUCGUUUGAUAACGCCAGUAAUUUGCUGUCGAACACAUUACAUCGAGUGCUUGGAAUACCAAAAAAACGGACAAACAAUCGAAAAUUUAUGCUUUAUGUUAUUUUGUUUGUAAUUAUCAUGACAUUAAUUGGUUACUUUCUUAUAUUUCAUAGAUCCAGUUAGUUGUAUAUUGUUUAUCACUAAUAUUAGUUGGUUAAGUUUAUUCAAGCUGUAUUGUUGUGGGGUUGUUCUUUUGCCUGUAUUCCUCUUAGAGUUGUUUAACUGUAACCGUGGAACAUAGAGUACACGAUAUUGUCUUUCGCUUUUAAUUUUUAAUUUCUUCACUUCAUGCUUUUUUUCCUGUCAAAUUAUUUCAGUAAGUUUUACUUAUAAGCUGAUUUUUGGAAAUGUAUAAUUGCGAUAUUUUUUAAUAAAGAUGAUAUCUA